GCAGAGGGAUGCAGCCCCACGUUGGAGUCGCCAGUGUGGGAACCCCUGCUCUAAGGCACGUCGCACGGCACUUAUUCCGCUCUCUAUCCUUCCUCCAGAUCUCUCCAUCUCCACGCCUCUCCUCCACCUCCUCCAUCUCUCCUUUGAUCUGAUUGUAUCUGUGCAUCCUUCCACCGCUCCUUACAGCAUCCUCUGCAGCCUUGACUCACGCAUCUUCUCUCUUCUGUUUUCUUGUCAAUUUGAAGAGGCUGAACUGAACCGUACGACUUCAGAACAUCAUGUCAUCCAGUCUGCCCCCCGGGAUGAGCAGCGCAGGGGUCAAAAACAAGCCCCUCUCCCCCUUUAAGAAGCGCGGGAGUCUGCAGUACACCACUAGCACAGCAGUGGAUCCUCGUGGUAAGCGGCACCUGCUCACUCCUCAGCACUCCUUACCCGGGAUCCCAGUGGCUCUGAAACAGUCCAUUGACCUGCGCACUUCCAUGGACGGGAAAUACAAGGAGAUUGCAGAGGAGUUAUUCUCUCGCAGUCUGGCUGAGAGUGAGAUGAGAAGUGCCCCGUACGAGUUUCCAGAGGACAGUCCCAUCGAACAACUAGAGGAGAGACGGCACCGCCUCGAGCGGCAGAUCAGCCAAGAUGUCAAGUUUGAGCCUGACAUCCUCCUCCGCGCUAAACAGGAGUUCAUGAAGACUGACAGUGCCACGGAUCUGGAAUACAUGAAGGAGCAGAGCCAGGCGUUCGACUAUCAGGAGAGAGAGCUGGUCCCAGAGAGCGAGUAUCAGAGAGUCACUAUAUCUGGAGAGGAGAAGUGUGGGGUCCCUUUCACAGACCUCCUGGAUGCAGCCAAGUGUGUGGUGAAGGCCCUGUUUAUCCGACAGAAGUACAUGGGACUGUCUCUGCAGAGCUUCUAUCGCACGGCCGCUCGGUUCCUGCAGGAACUCAGCGAGAGGCCUCUGGAUCUGGAUCUGUACGAAGAGGAGAUCCCAGAGACCACCAGCACUGCCAGUACAGACAGAAAUAUUCAAGAUUGGCAAUAUGGGGGAUUCAAAAAAUACCAAUAUGCCACUGUGCACCCACCUGCCUCCAAAACGCACCCCUAUGAGAACCAGGACCCCUCCAGCACACCCCCCGACAUCGGCUACGGGUGCAAAAUGGUGAACGGCGUCAUGCACGUGUACACCAGCAGGAGCACCAUGGACAAGAGCACCGAGUUGGACCUGCCUUACCCAGACCUACAGGAGUAUAUUGCUGAUAUGAAUGUGAUGAUGGCUCUGAUCAUCAAUGGACCAGUAAAAUCCUUCUGUUAUCGUCGCCUACAGUAUCUGAGCUCCAAGUUCCAGAUGCAUAUCCUGUUAAACGAGAUGAAAGAGCUGGCAGCGCAAAAGAAAGUCCCCCAUAGAGACUUUUACAAUAUCCGUAAGGUUGACACACACAUCCACGCGUCUUCCUGUAUGAAUCAAAAGCACCUAUUACGCUUCAUUAAAAGGGCUAUGAAGAAAAACCCCGCGGAGAUCGUUCACAUGGACCGUGGGAAGGGACAGACGCUCAUGGAGGUUUUCGAGAGCAUGAACCUCACAGCCUUCGACCUCAGCGUGGACACUCUGGACAUGCACGCUGACAGGAACACUUUUCAUCGUUUUGACAAGUUCAACUCCAAGUACAACCCGAUCGGAGAGUCCAUCCUGAGGGAGAUCUUCAUUAAGACUGAUAACUACAUCGAGGGCAAAUACUUCGGUCACAUCAUUAAGGAGGUGAUGGCUGACCUGGAGGAAAGCAAAUAUCAAAAUGUGGAGCUGCGACUCUCCAUUUACGGACGCUCCAGAAACGAGUGGGACAAACUGGCCAAGUGGGCAGUGAAACAUCAGGUGUAUUCAGAUAAUGUCCGCUGGCUCGUCCAAGUUCCAAGAUUAUUUGACGUCUACCACACAAAGAAACAGCUGUCCAACUUCCAGGAAAUGUUAGAAAACAUCUUUAUGCCUUUGUUUGAGGUCACAGUGGACCCCAGCAGCCACCCGGAGCUACACCUGUUCCUGCAGCACGUUGUCGGCUUUGACAGCGUUGAUGACGAAUCCAAACCAGAACAACAUAUCUUCAACUUAGACAGUCCCCUCCCUGAAAACUGGACGGAGGAGGACAACCCGCCCUACUCCUACUACCUCUACUAUAUGUAUGCAAACAUGACUGUGCUCAACCACCUGCGCAAGCAGCGGGGCUUCCACACUCUGGUGCUGCGGCCUCAUUGUGGAGAGGCGGGGCCCAUCCAUCACCUGGUCUCUGGGUUCCUGCUCUCGGAGAAUAUUUCACAUGGACUACUGCUCAGAAAGGCUCCUGUACUGCAGUAUCUGUACUACUUGGCCCAGAUAGGCAUUGCCAUGUCCCCCCUCAGCAAUAACAGCCUGUUCCUUAGUUACCACCGUAACCCCCUCCCCGAGUACCUGUCCCGAGGCCUCAUGGUGUCUCUAUCCACUGACGACCCACUGCAGUUUCACUUCACCAAGGAGCCCCUAAUGGAGGAAUAUAGCAUUGCAGCUCAGGUGUGGAAGUUGAGCUCCUGUGACAUGUGUGAACUGGCCAGAAACAGUGUCCUGAUGAGUGGAUUCUCACAUCAGGUCAAAAGUUACUGGCUCGGUCCAAACUACAUCAAGGAGGGACAGGAGAGCAACGACAUCAGACGCACCAAUGUCCCGGACAUCCGCGUGGCCUAUCGCUAUGAGACCAUGUGCGAGGAACUGAACCUAAUAACCCAAGCCAUUCGCACUGACGCACUAGAAACCAUAGAAGAAGAGGGCAGUCUGUGUAUGGGAGCUGUGCAGGGACAAAAAUGAAGCAACAACAAAAAUGAACUGGCUUUACUUGUUUACUUCCCACCUCUGUAUACAGAUUUACAUAUCAACCAAUGGCACUUGUGGAACGAGAAACCUUUUUAUAAAGAGACUUAGAGAGAAUAUAUGAGAUAGGAUGUAUAUGGAUGAAAUUAUGAACUAUAUUUAUUAUUUUAUCUUUGUUUUUUUUUGUUUUUUCCAUGGCCAAACACUGUCAACAUUAUCUAUUUCAUAAUUUCAUUAUUUAUCUCUUGUAGCAGCCAUUGAAUAACACUACUGUUGAUAUGCACUGACCCAAAACUAGAACAAUCUAAAAAUGAAUACAACAUAUUACUAUAUUAUAAAUGCAUCCCAUUCACUCUACUAUACAUAUUUGGAUGAGAAGUAAGUGGCAUUUCUUGCAUAUUUGUUUUAGUUACUUUAAAAAAAACAACAAAACUCUGGUACUACUGCAGUAUGCUGCUAAGACCACUACUUUAACCGAUAUUAUCAAUACUUUGAGUACUACUAUCACCACUGGGAUACCUUACAUAGGCCUGUCAUGAUAGCACAUUUUGAAGUACUUUUUGUCGCUGAUACAAUAAUAAUAAUGCAAGAUAAUUCCUGUAAACCAUUUUUAAAUAGGUAGUAUCAUUAAAUGGCCUGGGCUGUAACUAAGUAAUAGCAGAAUAAAGCAAAAAUUAACCACAGAACUUACUUUUUCAACCCUCUACAGCUCAAAUCUGAUCGUUUAACAAUAAAAAAAAUACCCCAAAUCCAAUCACUUUUACAGAGAAAUUGUAAACACGACAAAUUUUUAGUCCCAAAAUACAUAGUUCCCGCUGUCAUACACUGAACGAUAAGUCGAUGUAGUGAUUAUCAUGACAGGCCUAACCUUACAUUUUGCUGCUAGUAUUUUUGAAUGUACAGAUGACACAUUUUGCCUCAGAUUGGAUUAAAGAGAAACUUGUGUUACUGUAUAAUAUGACGCACUUGCUUUUUUACUUCUCCUUUAAAUAUUUUAUCCAUCCUAUAAAAAUGGGAAUUGCACAAAACGAGGAAACCGCAAAGAAGACAGAAAGCUGACUGCAUAAAAAUCAACCAAACCGUUUUACCCAAUGGACAUACCUCAUGUUUCUCUUAAUCAAAAAACACAGUUUGUACUAUUCCUACAUAUUUUCCACCACUGCUCCAAAUAAACUGUUGCUGUUUUCCAGUAUUUUUUGCAUGACCGCAGCAUGCCUUUUCUGUCUGGUCUGGUGUGGAGUAAUGCUACAAUUAUAAAGAUUGAAUUAAUUUGACAAAACUUUAAUAAUAAUAAUAUAAUAUAGUAAUAUCAAUCUACGCAGUGAACAAUGCAUGGUCCUGUUCACUUUGUUCAGCAGUGCCAAAUUUUACAACUCCUGUCUCCUGCUUGGUUUCUUGUGUUUUCAAUGGGGCUACAACAGUCUCUAUGUAUGUUUGUGAAAUAUUAUUUAAUAAAUGUUGUGUCUUGGAAAAAUAAACGUCUAUAAAUC